UUUUAGUCACUGAACAUCCUGUCAUAUUUGCGAUCAUCAAUUCAAUUGAAGCCGGCGGAGGAAAAUUAGUAGUAAAAAUGUCUGCGCUUCCUAAUGUUGAGGAGUAUGUCAUUUGUCCAUACGAUAGUGCUCAUCGUAUAUUGCCGGUCCGCUUGACCUAUCAUUUGACUCGUUGUGCCAAGAACUUUCCAUCGGCCAAGUUAGUCCGCUGUCCAUAUAAUAGCACCCAUCUACACUCGGUAGCCAAUAUGCAGAAUCAUAUCAUCGAGUGCCCCAAUCGAUCAGCCGCGGAGCGAUUUAAUCUGCCGGACGUCUUGCCGCCUGUGGAACCGCGAGCACGUGAAUUUCUGAUCGAAAGUGCUGAGGACUGGGAUGCCGAACCGCCAGUUCAAACUUACAAUCCGGCAGCUCACUGUGAGAAGGAGCUCAUCAUCCGUAAUUUGCAAGGAGCUCCGCCCGCCGCUCGUCGGGCAUUCCGCGAAAGCGAACGCCGGCGAUUCAGAGAAAAGAAUCAGUUUUAGAUGCUCUGUGUUAUGUUCCAAAAUACCUACAUACACAUACUUACAACCCAACAACAUACGUAAUUUAAUACAUUUCCAAGAAGGAGCAGCGAUCUGGCGUUUUUUUUGUUUGUUAGCUUAGGUCAGCAUAUAAUUGAAUACAUAUUGUUUUGUCAUUAAAUAAGAAUCUCUGUUAAUUUUAGGAAUCUUCAAAAUAUAAUUUCGUAUAUAUUUAUAUGUUAAUAUAGAUUACAAAUAAAAAAGACCAGCUGAAUCCACCUUUAACGGUAA